AUGUAUCACAAAGAAUUUACGGUUGAAUUCCCCAAGGAUGUUUUACCAGGAGGUGAAUUAGAACUGCAUAGUGUUCAUUUUAACAACAAGAUCUUGCUUCAAGUAAGGUAUAAUGGAGAGAUGGAUGCCACCUACGAAGUAGUGCCAAGAGGUUUAGAGCCAUUACAAAGACCGUUAGCAGGGUUUUCUGUCGAUGAAGAUGAUUUUUCAGGGGACCACAUGUCAGAUUGGCAAGUCAUAUGUCGACUAGGUGAUAGCAACGAUGCACAAUUGCCGGUAGUUUGUACACAGAUUGGAGAAUUGUACCGCAGGGUAAUUAUACCUAGCAAUGUGGACGGAUUGUACCAAAACGAUGAAAUUCAAAGUCGAGGUUUGGUCAUUACGAUGAGCAGCAAAAUGUGGAAGGGUAAUGAUAAAAAUUUUGAUAAGUUGAUAUUUGUUUUAGGAAGCAUUAAACAAAUGUAUAAUAGUUGA